AUGGCAAUGCUCUUGCGUCAUGUGGCAGUGCUGGUGCUGGCGUCCGUCGUCAACUCUGUGGAUGGCGUGCGAACAAGUGACGGCAUGCAAGCUUCGGCUGACAAGGCGGUAACUUGCCAGUGCCGGACGGUGGAAGACUACAGGGAUUGCCCCGUCUUCGAAGACACAAGUGAUCCGCGCUACUACCAUGCAGAUGUCGAUGGCGCGCAAAUGUGCUGCAGGUUGACACAAGGUGGGUUAUUGGGCAAGAUGAGCAUGAACUACAAGACCCAGCCUUCUUCGGAUCUCUGCAUGGAGGAAGAAAGGCCAAUGUCCAGGGACAUGUGCUGCAUGUUGAAAGGAGGGGUCGGGUUCCGCAUCCAGAAAGCUCGCGCCAGCAAUUGGGCCACCCGCGUUAAGGAAGAUGAGAGAACAUGGGAGGAUUAUACUUCCAAGACCCAGCUGAGUUUCGAAAUCGAGGAUAUCUCUGCAGGCCAUCAUGACCGGCAAAAGGUGCCCCUGGACCGAGUGCAGCAGUAUGUGAAGAACUACCUUGCGCAAACCGACGACCCGCAGGUCUGUGCGGAGGUCAAACACGAACCGCUCUGGGAGCAGUGCGACCUUCGCCCCCGUGGUUCACCGGAGUGCUGUUGCCAUCCUGAGUCUUUCAAAGCUGGUGCCCAGUGUCUCGCGGUCGGAGAUGUACACAAACCAGUGGCAUUCAAUGUCGCCCUUCCGCCGCACAGCGAGUUGCCUCCGCUUAGUGUGCAGCGAGACCUGGUGUCAAAGCAUUUCGCUCCUUUCAAGAAGGCCGUGGCGCGGGAUCCUAUUGCAGGCGUCAAGCUCAUCUGGCAUCUUCACCACAUACAGUGGGAGCGCCAUCAGUGUGUGGAAUGGAAUGGACCCUAUUGCCAAAAGAUGCAGUGGUACCAUCCUACUUGCCAGAAGGACAACGAGUUGCUUUUUGUCAAAGACCCGGCCGUCAAGAUUCCGGACACUAUGUUCCAGUGCCCAAGUGGCUGGGUGUCUGACAAGGAGACGUCCAAGUGCAAGUGCCGCGAAUAUGAGGACAAGGAAAAUGUAGCAUUGUGGAACGACAUGAUUGCCAGACAGGCAUCAUAG